CAGGACGGUUCCGGACCUGGCCUUGAAGUCGUGGGCGCUACCCUCCGGACGUCGCGCGGCCCGCGUCCCUGCUUCCGAGAAAUGUCUGCCAACGGGACGGAAGCCACUGCCAGCCCCCAGGUGACGGCAGAGGAACCGGUCCAGCAGCCCAGCGUGGUGGACCGCGUGGCCAGCCUGCCCCUCGUCAGCUCCACCUGCGACAUGGUGUCGGCGGCCUACGGCUCCACCAAGGACAGCCACCCGCACGUGAGGACGGUGUGCGACGCGGCCGAGAAGGGUGUGAAGACCCUCACAGCGGCUGCCGUCAGCGGGGCCCAGCCCAUCCUCUCCAAGCUGGAGCCCCAGAUUGCGUCAGCCAGCGAGUACGCCCACAGGGGCCUGGACAAACUGGAGGAGAGCCUGCCCAUCCUCCAGCAAGAGACAGGGAAGGUCCUGGCGGACACCAAGGAGCUCGUGUCGUCCAAGGUGUCGGGGGCCCGAGAGGCCGUGUCCAGCGCCAAGGACAUGGUGGCCACCCGCGUGACGGAGGCGGUGGACGCGACCCGGGGCGCGGUGCAGAGCGGCGUGGACAUGACCAAGUCCAUGGUGACGAGCGGCGUCCAGUCGGUCCUGGGCUCCCGCGUGGGCCAGAUGGUGCUCAGCGGCGUGGACACGGUGCUGGGCAAGUCGGAGGAAUGGGUGGACAACCACCUGCCCAUGACGGACGCCGAGCUGGCCCGCCUCGCCACGUCCCUGGACGGCUGCGACAUCGCGCCGGUGCAGCAGCAGCGGCAGCAGCAGACCUACUACGUGCGCCUGGGCUCACUGUCGGAGCGGCUGCGCAUGCGCGCCUACGAGCACUCGCUGGGGAAGCUGCGGGCCGCGCGCCUGGGCGCCCAGGAGACCCUGCAGCAGCUGGCGCAGGCGCUCAGCCUGAUGGAAACGGUCAAGCAGGGAGUUGAUCAGAAGCUGGUGGAGGGUCAGGAGAAACUGCACCAGAUGUGGCUCAACUGGAACAAGAAGCAGCUCCCGGGCACGGAGGAGGACCCGGCCCAGCCGGAGCAGGUGGAGUCGCACACGCUCGCCAUGCUCCGCGACGCGGCCCAGCGGCUCCAGGCCACCUGCGUGUCCCUGGGCCCCAGCAUCCAGGGGCUGCCGGCCCACGUGAAGGACCGGCUGCAGCAGGCCCGCUGCCACGUCGAGGACCUGCAGGCCACCUUCUCAGGCGUCCACUCCUUCCAGGACCUGUCCAGCGGCGUCCUGACGCAGAGCCGCGAGCGGGUCGCUGAGGCCCGGGAGGCGCUGGACCACAUGGUGGAGUACGUGGCCCAGAACGUCCCCAUCAUGUGGCUGGUGGGACCCUUUGCGCCCGGAAUCAUCGAGAGAGCCCCGGAGGAGCAGAAGUAGGAGAGCCGGGAAGGGGGCCCGGGGGGCCGCGAGCAGCCCUGACCCCUCGCCCGCCGCGCCUUUUUGCUGGUCCUCCCAGCUCAUCUCAGCUGCCACCGCGGGACCCUGACGUUCUCCGCACGGAGGACCAGGCCCUCAGCCUCUCUGAGCUCGGAGGAAACGCGUUCGGAGCCUCACCUCCUCGGUCGCUGGGACGAGGUUUCUGGGAAAAAGUUUUUUCUAGAACGUUCCAAAGAAAAAAAAUUUUUUUUUUCCUUCCUUAAAAGUCAGGGAUAUGAUUCUUGUAUCUCAGUUCCUUUUCUACACCAGGCCCCCAUAAGCUAGCGGACUUGCGCUUCUGGUCUGCAAAGGGGGUGGAGGCUGAGCUGGCGAGACGUGCUCCAGAACAGAGUGGGGCUCAGCCCUGCCCCGCGAGCUGUGGGUGCAACUCCAGAGUGGCCUUAAUAAAUUUUACCUGCAGCCCA